AUGCCAUCAGGAUUUAAUAACACUCAAAAGAAGAGUAAUAUACUCAAUGGUAAUACAUUUUAUCUUGAUUGUGGUCCAUCAUCUGGGUAUAAAAUUAAAAAAGAACUACAAACAUUUAUUGAAUCAAAUGGUGGUCUUGUUUCAAUGAUUUUAAACCAAAAGGUUAAUUAUUAUGUAUUCUAUGGUGACUUUCAAGAUUUAGUCAAAGUUGAAAAUAAUAAUGAUGUUAAUAUUGAAGAUUUAUCUUUUGGGAUUAAGAAGGCAAUCAAACUAAAUAUUCCAAUUGUUUCAAAAAGAUAUUUAGACGAUUCAGCUUCAUAUGGCAGUUUAUUAUCUCAUGACGAAUAUUCACUUGUAUCAAAAUACAACAUUAAAGAAUAUCACUAUAAAUCAUUUGACUUUUCAAAUUUAUUGGGGGAUAAUAACAACAAUGAUUCAGGUAGUGAAAACAAAAAUAAAAAAUUUGAUAGAAUAAAAUAUGAUGAAAAAUCAGAUUUAUUUCCAGAAUCAAAAUAUCAUAUUGUCAAACAUAAUAUUUUAUCCAAACACGAUAGGCUUUCUGAUAGGUUUUGCUGUAUCGAACUACAUGUGGCAGGUAAAAGUUUAAAUUUAAUUCAAGUUGGUGGUGGCUCGAAUAAUAGUGGCCAAGAUUCAUCUGAUGAUGAUACAUCAUCAUUUUAUAGAGUUUUUCUCAACUAUGGUACAAUUUCUGGUGGAAUUUAUAAAGAAAUUAGUGAAGAAACCAAAGAAUGGAUAUCAGCAAAUAGCAUCGAGAGCGCUUUAUCAAUUUAUAAUCAAAUAUUAUUGGAGUAUCUAAAUCAAAAUGACUAUUCAAAAUUACAAUUAAGCUCUGUUAUAGUAGGUUCAGAUAAAUUAAAAAAACUUUAUCAAACUCAAAGUGAAGAUUUAUCACAACAAAAACCAUUGCCACCAAACUCAUUACCAAAGUCAAUUGAAUCACUAAUCAAAAUGCUCUACGAUAAUGCCAUAGUAGAGUUAGCCAGUAAAUUUGGUAAUGGUAAUACAUUAUCACUUUCACCAGAGGGUACCAUUAAAACAUCAAUGGGUGAUAUCACAUUGGCUCAAGUUGAUAAAGCUGAGUUGGCUUUAUUCCAAUUAUCCACUUUACUUAGAACCACAAAUACCAAAAUUGAUGAAAAUAAAUCGGUGGAGCUAUUUAAUGAAGUUUACAAAGCUUUGCCACAAAUUAAACCAAGCUCAUCCAAGCCAUUCGACUAUGAACAUUUAUCUGAUAUUCAAGAGUCCAUCCAAGUUAUGAAGGAUAUUUUAUCAGUCGGUGAAUCAUUAAGUGGUUUAUCAUUUUCAGUUGGAAAUAAUGAAGCUAAAAGAUAUAGAGCAUUACAUUGUAAUAUUACCAAGCUAGAUGAUUCAAGCAAAGAUUAUAAAAGAUUAUUAGAUCAGUUAAAAUUAGAUGAUAAAUUAUCAAUUAAAUCAAUUUAUAAAAUAAGCAGAAAUGAUGAAGAGAAUUUAAAGUUCCAACUAGGGAAUAUUAAAACACUAUAUCAUGGUAGUAAUCCUUCAAAUAUUUUAGGUAUUUUAUCUAGGGGUUUAUUACCACCAAAUGUUUCAACAUCAAUUGGUUCUGGAAGAAGAGACAUUGGUUAUUUGGGUUCUGGCAUUUAUUUUGGUACCAAAGCAAUGACAAGCGCACAAUACUGCAAAGAUUCAGAAAUUAAUCAUCAUAAAUAUAUGUUUAUUUGUCAAGUUGCAUUGGGUAAUUGCAAGAAAUAUACAACUCAUCAAAUUCAAUUAAAUCAACCACCAAAAGGAUUUAAUAGUGUUCAGGGUGUCCAAUCUACCUCAAAUUUAAAAUCUGAAUUUCUAGAUGAUGAAAUUGUAAUUUAUAAUUCAAAACAACAAAAACUACAAUACUUAAUUGAAUUUCAAGAUACAAAUUUAAGAAAAGAAUUAUUAAAUAUUCCCAACCAAGUCUUAAAUGUUUCAAAUAGUCCACAAACAACAAUUAAACCAGAUGAAUGUCCUACCACUAUUCCAGAAAAAUCAGAAAAUAAAAAAGAUAUUGAAGAAGAAGAAGAGCAAAAAGAAAUUGGUCUGGUUUCAAAAUCAUCAUCUGGCAAAGAUGAUAUUCCAUUAAAAUCUGUUCAUGUUAGAGCUAGAGUAUUAGAUCUUAUUGGAGAAGUCACUAUCUAUCAACACUAUCAAAAUUGUUCCUCGUCAACUAUUGAGGCAAAAUAUGUUUUUCCAUUAGACGAAAUGGGUGCAGUUUGCGGUUUUGAAGCAUUUAUCAAUGGUAAACAUAUUAUUGGUGAAGUAAAAGAAAAAGAAAAGGCUCAUCGUGAAUAUCGAGAGGCUGUAGCUGCAGGCCAUGGUGCUUAUCUAAUGGACGAAGAUAAACCUGAUGUGUUUACAGUUAGUGUUGGAAACCUACCACCAAAGUGUGAUGUUCUUAUUAAAAUCACAUAUGUCACAGAGUUAUCAGUUGAUGGCUUGGAUAUUAGUUUUGUAUUACCACGUUCAAUCACACCUAGACAACGUUUAUCCUCUGGUUCAAAUGUUACACAAAAUGUUACCAAAACUGUUUCAAUCAGUGACCAAGACCAAAAAGAUUCAGAUCUUACCAUCCAAGUUGGUAUUGAUAUGCCAUACAAUAUUGUAAAAUUAACCUCACCAACCCAUAAUAUCAAGAUCAAAAGAACUCACACAAAAGCUACUAUCGAACUACAACCAGGUGAUAAGAGCUAUUUAGAUAAAAAUUUCCAACUAUUAAUUGGCCUAGAAGAACCCUAUUCACCACGUAUGUGGGUAGAGGUAGAUGAUAAAGGUCAUCAUGCCAGUAUGUUGGCAUUCUAUCCAAAAUUAGAUAUCGAUAGCACUCAAGAAUCAUUCACUCACUUAACUUUACUCAUCGAUUUAUCUGCAUCUAUGGCUGGUGAUACAUUUGAAGAUCUUUUAAGAGCAGUUCGUUUAACUGUUAGGAAUCUACGUGGUGUACCAAAAUUACUUUUCAAUAUUUGUGAUUUUGGUGACAAUUAUGAUUGGCUUUUUGUUGAAGAUGUCCUACCAACCGAAGAAAAUCUCCAAAUUGCAUGGAACCACAUCAACAAAUUAAAACCAAUUAGUGGUGGUACAAAACUACACUCUCCAUUGGAAUCAAUUUAUUUGUUAUCAGAAAAAGCCAAACCAACCAACCCACACAAUAUUCUAUUGUUUACCGAUGGUAAUGUUUCAAAUGAAGAGUUAUCUUUGAUGUUAGCAAAAAAGGCUUCAAAUUUCUGUCGUUUAUUCACAUUUGGUAUUGGUGAACAUUGUUCCAGACAUUUCAUUAAACAAAUUUCAAGAAUUGGUAGUGGCUAUGCAGAUUUUAUUGUCCCUAAUAAACGUCCAAAUCCUAAAAAGAUUGUUGAUAUGAUCCAACGUGUACUCCAACCUGCAAUGUCAAAUAUCGAGGUAGCAUUCGAUAGUACUGAUAAAAUUGUUCAAUCUCCUGCAACUAUUUCUUCAAUUUUUAAAUCAGAAAGACAAGUUAUUUAUGCAUUCUCUGGUAUAUGUACACGUGCAACACUUGUAUGUCAUGCUCCAGGUGGGGGUAUUGUUUCAAACAUUGUUCAUACACCCGAAAUUGGAUUUAUCAAAGGUAAUUUGAUUCAUAGAUUGGCUGCACGUUCAAUGAUUAGAGAAUAUAACGAUGGUACCUAUAGCUCAAAUAAGCACGAGCAUGACUUAAUUAAAAUGAAAAAGAAACAAGAUGUUAUCGAUCUUUCCAUAAAGUAUAGCAUUGUAACCGAGUUCACAAGUUUUGUAGCCAUUGAAAAAAGAGAAGCUGGCGAACAAAUUAAAAAAAUCGAUUCAAUCCAUUCGAUUAUAUCCCAAACUGCUGUCGAUUCAUUACCAUAUGUUGCAUGGGAAAACAAAGGGGAAGGAUUUGAUCAAGACUUAAAUGACCCAUCACUUGUAAGUAAACGUGAUCAAUUAAUUAAUUUAAUUAAAGAGUACCAUUCAAAUAAUAGAUACUCUGACUCAAUUAGAAUAUUCUAUCAACUUAAUGAAACUUUUGGUGACUAUUCACAUGAUGAACUAUCAUUACUUUCAAAUACUAUUAGUGAAUUGAUUUCAGAAAAAGUAACUUCAUUAAUCUCCAUCAAUAUUUCUGCACCAACAACACCCACCAAACCAUUAUCAUCAGCAAAUUCUAAACAACAAAGAUUAAAAAAGAAACUUAAAGAUGAAAUUAUUUACGAAGGUAAAGGAUUAUUAAGGUUAUUAGAAAGUAGCUAUAAUUCAAUGUCGAAUAGUUCCUUUGCCAAUCAAGAGAAAUUAUUAUCUUUAAUAGAAUCUCAAUAUUCAAUUUAUACUGGUCUUUAUAGAUGUGACGAUAACAAAUAUUCUAAAAAACAAUGGCAAGAAAAAAUUGAAAAUCUUUAUAAUCAAUUUAUAAAUAAGUCAAAAGAAAACCCAUUACCACCAACAAACUCUACUUUAAUCAAGUUUUAUCAUUCAGUUUCUCACUUCUACCAUGCCAAUGGUGAUACCCAAAAAGCAAUUUUAAUUUCAAAACAAGCUUUUGAUAAUGGAAUUUCAGAGCUAGAUUGUCUCGAGGAAAGCUCAUACAAGGAUUCAACUUUAGAACUCCAAAAACUAAGAGACUAUUUAAAUGAAUUAACCGUUUAUUCAGAUGAAAUUGUCGAAGAAUUAGAAGAAGAAAACUAUACUUUAUCAGAUCUUAAAGAGAUACCCAGUAAAGUUAGUGAUUUCGAAAAUGCUGAAAAAGAAAUAAAUACUAUACCACAAACCAGUGCCGGUGAAUGGUUAAAAGCUGCCCAAGUCAGUAAUAUUACCCUAAAACAAAAAUCAUUUAAACCAAAAAUUGAAAUCGACACAAAUAUUAGAUUGAUAAACGAUGAAGAUCCCAUUUAUAAACCAACAUCCCUAAGCUACGCUCCAACAUCCCCAAGCUACUCUCCAACAUCCCCAAGUUACUCUCCAACAUCCCCAAGUUACUCUCCAACAUCCCCAAGUUACUCUCCAACAUCCCCAAGCUACUCUCCAACAUCCCCAAGUUACUCUCCAUCUCCUCUAACAUCAAUCACAUUCUCUCCAAAUCACCCACUUGAACCAAGGCAUAUUGUAUCUUUGGGCACAAAGGUCAAAGAAUCAUUGGAGCCCUUUGUAUAUAAUCAAGUAAUUGGUGCACCUUUUCUACCCUUACCAACUGUUUACAGUAAAAAAAUAUUUCCAAUAAGUUCUGGACCACCUCCACCACCACCACCCAAUUUGUACGUUCCCCAGUCAAAAAGGGAAACAUUCAUUUCAAGAGCAGUAGGCGGAGCACCAGUACCAACAGUAAUUCCAACACCAACAUUACCUAUUGAAGCAUUGUCUGGAUUUUUUGGUGGAGGCAGAGGCGUCGGUAGCUGUGUACCAAAAGCUCCACAAAAAUAUCAACAAAAUAACAAUAACAAUAAUUCCAAUUACCCUUCACCAGGAGCUCCUUCUGAUCACAGAUUCAAUUCUAUUAGCGGAAAGAGUAGUGGCUCGAUGGCCCCAAGAACAUCCUUACCAUCAGCCCCAGCCCCAUCAGCCCCAGCCCCUCCACCUCCACCUCUACCUUCAUUUGGUGGCUUGGCUGCUUCUAAAUCAUUAGCUUCCGACCGUAGUGAUCUUCUUUCAUCGAUUCGUAGUGGUGUAAGUUUUAAAUAUGCCGGUCAAUCUUCUGCUUUAAAUGCUAAUCAAUUAGAACCUACCCAGCCAAAUAGUGAAUUAUUAAACAAACUUUCGUCCGCACUAUCUUUACGUAGAAUGUCAACUUGUUUUAUAGAUAAUGAUGAAGAUGAUGAAGAUGAUUGGUCAGAUUCAGAUGGUGGUUAUGAUGGAACAUCAAUAUCAACAUUAACAGCAGCAGCACCAUUACAACAAAAGAAAGAAAAGAAAGAAGAAAGCCAUGAUGAUAUAGGAUUUGGGUUGUUUGAUGAAUAUGAUUACUAUACACCUCAAAUGUCCAACGAAAAAUUGCCUGAUAAACCAAAAAUUCAUGAAUCUGAAGAAGAAAGUGAUGGAGAUAUGGGUUUUGGUUUAUUUGGGGACUAUAAUGACAAACCACAAGAAAAACCAGUUUCUGUCCCAAUCAACCAAGUAUCUGCCCCAAUCAAACCAGUUUCUGUCCCAACCAAACCAGUACGUUUAUAUCAAGAAGAAAGUGAUGAAGAUAUGGGUUUUGAUUUAUUUGGAGACUAUGAUGAUAAACCACAAGAAAAACCAGUAUCUGCCUCAAUCAACCAAGUAUCUGCCCCAAUCAAACCAGCAGUAUGUUUAUAUCAAGAAGAAAGUGAUGAAGAUAUGGGUUUUGAUUUAUUUGGAGACUAUGAUGAUAAACCACAAGGAAAAUCAGUAUCUACUCUAACCAAACCAGCAUCUACUCCAAUCAACCAGGUAUCUGCCCCAACCAAACCAGUAUCCCACAAAUAUCAAGAAGAAAGUUAUGAAAUAAAAGAGUAUUCAAGAAGGAGACUAUCUAGAGGUAAUCAAGCUAAAAGUGAAGACACACUACCAGCAAAAGAUGAAAAGAAAAAAAAGAGAAAAGAAAAAAAGGAUUUAAAAUUAAAAGAGAGAUCAGAAAUUGUGGAAGAGAAACUAAAAGUAAAACCAGCACAAUCCAUAUCCUCCUUUGUAUCUCCCUCACCUUUAUCUUCAUCUCUCUCUUCAUCCUCAAAACAUUCAAUUUCAAGCCUAACAAUUAAAGUAUGUACUCAACUAAGAAAAGUUGUUAGUGACUUAGGUUCUUCAUCAUUCAAAAUUUCACCAACUGCUGCUGCAUUAGGCAUCUCUGAAAUGGAAUUUUAUAAAUACGAAAGAAAACUUGGCGGUUUACAAUCAAAAACUUUUAAAAACUUAUUAUACCUUUUCAUUUUUGUUUUCUUAAGUAUGCUUACCGAUGAAACUUAUGACAUCGAUCUUAUUACCAGAGAUAUUCCAAUUUUAGCUUGUGAAUCGAGUCUUUUAAGCUAUGGAGUUGAUCGUGCAUACAUCAAAAAUGUUUUAAAAACUUCAUCAAACAAAAAUUUAUUAAAAUUUUAA